GACGAACGUGCAAACCCCAUUGAUGGCUGUUGCCAGCAAAAUCGACAGUGAAAGUGUGAUCUACGUCGCCUCCGCUCGACUAGCGCGUGGCGAUUUUUUCGAUCUACCAAUCGGCAUUCUUCUCGAGCUGUCGAAGCCCAUGUAAAGCCCCGCAGCAGCACGCUGACAGCCUGAAUCAGUACUGCGAGGAUGCACGCCACGCCUACCAUCUUCCCUCGGAAGUCAUAUGCCCAUCCGGAAAAUCGAGACGCGCGUAUAUUUUUGCGAGGCCAGUCGCGCAUAAAACCUCGUCCGCCUCGGCGAUGUGAUUCGCCCACCCUGCUUAAGCUUGCCAUCCCACCUUGGGCCCUUCCCCACCCCCGCGCCUCCCAAUCAUGAUGCGUCAAGCCGCAAACGUGCUCGCGUUUGCAAGCUUUGCUCUGGCUGACGUUCAACCCACUGCCCCUGAUCUCGGUGUUCCAUUCUCGAUCACCCAGUACUGGGGAGCCUACUCGCCAUAUUACAAUGCAGCCAACUAUACCGCACCACCGGACGGGUGUACCAUCAACCAGGUCAACCUUUUACAACGCCAUGGCGCACGGUAUCCCACUAGCAGCGAUGGUAAAGAUUUCAAAGCAAGCGCGGAGCAAUUGCAAAGUGCCAAAAGUUUCAAUGGCUCUCAGUACGACUUCCUCUCCAACUGGUCGUACCAGCUCGGCGAGGACGAUCUUGUUCCUUUUGGCGCUGCACAAUCUUAUGAUGCGGGUCAGACGCAUUACACACGUUAUGCAUCCCUGGUGAACUCGAGCAAUCUGCCGUUCCUUCGUGCAUCCGACUCGGAGCGCGUUGUUGAGACGGCGCUGAACUGGAGCGCAGGUUUCGCAUUUGCGAGUAGUGGCGCCUUGUCAUCCCCGCAGUUGACCGUUAUCAUUGACCAGUCUACCAAUGACACUCUCGACGACAACAUGUGCCCCAAUGCCGCCAGUUCUGAUGACGAGACGGACGCUUGGAAAGACGUUUUUGCACCGUCGAUCGAGGAUCGCAUCAACAACGACGCACCCGGCGCCAGCAUCGGCAAGUCAGACGUCGCCAACCUUCUCCAGCUGUGCCCAUUCGAGACCGUCGCGUUCGAGCAGCCGAGUCCGUGGUGCAACCUUUUCACGCAGGACGACUUCGAGGGCCUCGAAUACUACCUUGAUAUCGACGACUUCUACUCUACCGGCUACGGCAACUCACUCGGCCCGGUCCAGGGCGUCGGUUGGGUGAACGAGCUGAUUGCGCGCCUCACGGACCAACCAGUCCAGGACGCGACACAGACCAACAGCACACUCGACAGCGACCCCUCGACGUUCCCUCUCGGACAAUCAUUCUACGCCGAUUUCACGCACGACCACGAGAUGAUCGCGAUUUACUCCGCAAUCGGUAUUUUCCCACAGAGCGGCAACCUCAGCACGAGCGAGGCGGACCCGAACAGGACGUGGUUCAUCUCGCGCCUGGUACCGUUCUCAGCGCGCAUGAUUGUGGAGAGGAUGGACUGUGGCGGGACGGCGAACCUCCGCAUCUUGGUAAACGACGCAGUGCAACCGCUCGCGUUCUGCGGGAGCGGGAACGGACAGUGCACUGUCACGGACUUCGUGCAGAGUCAGUCGUUUGCUCGCUCGAAUGGAAAUGGGGUCUGGUCGCAAUGUUCCUAGUCAAGCUAAGCCAUAGGCAUUAAUUUUCGUACACGUGCUGCUUUUGUUUUAUCAGCGGUCCAUCUCUAACGAAUGUAUAUGGUUUGGGGUCCUGUGUACAUUUCCUCCACGCUCCGCAACCACUCCGACGCCUCAUCAAGAGUCAUGGCGCUGCUGACCUCCAUGCGAAUGUCCGCCGGGGUCAUAACGUGAGCAUUGUCAUCUGGUUGUACAGUCAUGACUUCCAUGGUGGAGAACCUCUCAUAAACAUCGGUCCCGUCGGUCCAGUGAUGUAGGAGGAUUGCCGUGUACGCUCUACUCGCAUCCAAACUUCCUGGGUGAUCAUAGUCCAAUAUGCCAACAGACAAUCCCGUCAGUGGGUAUCUCCAAUUAUUGUGGCAAACCUGUGUCAGGGGUCUGUCGCCAGGUAGCGUGUCAGCGAUGAAAGGCUUCAGAUAAGAUGCAUUGAUCGUCCAGUGCUCGGGUUUGCCUUCGUGUUGCUCCACCUUCCACACUUUACGCCACAUCACCUUGAUGCGUAGGCCAUGGUUCGUCAAUGCGAAGGUCUUGUCUCCCGCCAUCCCCCAUCUUUCCAUCUCUUCUGCAUUCCCAAAGUGCGAUAUGCUACCUCCGUUGUCGAUCGGGAAGCGAGGGUAACACUCCGGUCCGCUCGCCACGGCCGAGUUGUACCGAGACGGCUUCCCACCCCACGCAAAGAUUUCCCAUCGGUCGGUAUUCGCGACGAGCGCUUGCUGGAGACGCCAGAACGCGCGUUCUCCUUCUCCGUACGCGACGGAGAGAUCGAUAUCGAACAUCCCGAUGAGGCAAUAUGCCAUGUCCUCGAUGCGUGUCGUGCGUCUUCCCGCUGCCCACGAAAGCCGGUCUCGCACGCUGAAGCCGACGAGGCCAGGCGAGAAUGUGAUGACGUCGAACAGGGCAAUGUUGGUGAUGUUUGAUACUGCGUAGACCACUUCGUUCUUUACCGAGUCCCGCUUGUCGUUGUCCUGCUCGCUCAGCGGUGUCCAAUCUACGCAGAAGAACUUUAUGCGCGAAGGGGCGAUCAGCUCUUGCAAUGUCCAGCCGCGCGUAAACCACGCGUCGCCGGCGAGGUCGUGCAUCCCGUGCGUCUGCCCAAGAUGGAUGAUGCAGAUGCUUGAUUCCCGGUACCACCGAAACAUGGACCGGAUGGACUCGUCAAGUUCGGCACUGCUCGUCUUAUCGAUACAGCACGUGUCGCUCCACGCGAAAUCGCACCCGAAGGAACGUGCUUUCUCACAGAAGUUCAUUAGCUUGAUGGAUCCAGGACCGGUAAGAGUGCGAGAUUGGUCAAGGUCUUGGAACGUAGGCUCGCCGUUGUCGAGCCAGCGGUGGGAAAAGAUUGCGUAGCGAACAAUCUCCUUCACGAGGUCACGGACUCCAUUGAUUUCGAAGUCUCGUGAGAUGCUGGUAUUUCGAACGGCCGCCUGGAGGCGCUUGUCAUCAACUGCGUCGAUGGAGGGCUUGAAAUGCUG